CCUUUUCAACAUUACUGAUUACUACCAUUGACUUACUCCAUUGACUUUCAUAACCAACCCCCAAGCAUAUCAUUGCAAUGGCUUCCCAGCAUCAUGGAGGUGGUCCAAGAAUCACAGAGCUCCCCAACGUGCUAACAGCCAACAUUGACACCUGUGAUGCAUUGGGAAUAGUUCGUACCCUGAGACAGAGUGAUGGACAGCUGUUCUCAGGCUGGGGCCCAUACCCCUCCAUCAAUGAUAGGCAAGUCCUGAGCACUCUGGACAAGCUUGCAGACAAAGCUGCCCAACUACUCAAGGGAAACAAGGAGAGGGGAGAGAACAACAUGUUUGUGUUCACGGGCUGUGGGACAAGUGGACGAAUUGCUUGGAUGUGCAGUCGAUCACUCAAUCGUCUCCUGGCAUCACUAGGAGAGAAGGAGUGUGUCCACUACCUCAUCGCUGGAGGAGACAAAGCUCUCAUUGUUGGACAAGAGCUCCCAGAGGAUGACCCUCCAAGAGGUGCAGAGGAUUUAAAGUUGCUGACUCAGAACACAGACAGAGUCAUGCUGUUUGGGAUCACUUGUGGCCUCUCUGCACCUUAUGUAGCAGGACAGAUCGACCUGGCUAUGAAACAGUCUGAGUGGAUCCCAGUACUGGUUGGGUUCAAUCCUGUCGAGAUGGCUAGGGACAACAAGAUUGAAAAGUGGCAUAAAACAUGCAAGCAAACUUUUAUGGAGUUGGAGCAACUCAGUACAACAUCGGAUCAGGCAUUUAUAUUGAACCCAGUGGUUGGGCCUGAACCAAUCACAGGGUCCAGUCGAAUGAAAGGUGGCUCAAUGACAGCAAUUCUCCUGGAGAUAGUGUUCACUGCAGCCCUGGCUCGAGCGUUUGCACUUCCUCUGUCUCAGCUGAUUACAGGGGCAGCCCCAUUACUCACCACCGACAAACAAGAGUGGAUUGAGAAUGAAACAUCAACUGAGUACAAGCUAACAGCUGGUCAGUCACAGAUCGCUACACUAGUCGACAUAUUUGCUGCCACAUACAGAGCAGCAUACAGACCUAGUGAUGGACUGGGUCAGCUGGUGAGUGUGGCCGGAGCCUCUCUCAGACACUCUGAUGGUGGUCACCUCUAUUACCUUGGGACACAGCUACUAGGAUUACUAGGGUUCGUAGACAGUUCAGAGAUGGUCUCUACAUACGGCUCCAGUCCCCAUGAGGUCAGAGGGUUCGUAGCAGGAGGAUGGACUACUUGCAGCAACAAAGAUGGGGACCUCUCGAGUACGGGACCACUUUUUCAGAUUUCCACGACUGACUUUGAAGCUGGCAUCCUGCCGAAGCUGACUCAGCACGACACUGUGGUAUGGGUGGAGAAUACAGGGUCAAAGGUCAUUGGAGAGGAUAAAGGCCUAUUGUCUGUUCUCCUGGAAAAAGUACUUGCUUCUCCUGCCAAGUGCUGCCAGCUCGUUAUGUCUGCCAGAAGCCCCCCUCCCUGCACCCACUCUGACAGGUUCCUCUGCUCUGUGCACGUUGCACUACCCUACUACAGUGUCCUGAACUGCGAGGACUUAUUGGCUGGAUUUGCUCUGAAGCUGAUCUUAAAUGCCAUUUCUACUGGAGCUAAUAUUUUGAAGGGACGAGUAUUUGGCAAUAGAAUGAUCAACCUCACAGUUGCAAAUGACAAGUUGUUUUAUCGCUCGAUGUUGAUCAUUGCUGAGCUGGCAGGGGUGGGGGAGGAGGCAGCAAAGAUUGCUUUGUUGAGGGGCAUCUACAGAGAAGAUCACGUUGACAAGUACUCUGCCCUACCUGUGUCCUCCCAUAUCAAGGCUGCCUCUAAAGCCAACAUGGUGGUUCCCAUGGGGAUACUUUUGGCUGCAAGAGGAUGCACAGUGGAGGAGGCUUGCAGAACACUUAGUGAACAACCUAGUCUUAGAGUCAUUAUUGAACAGUGCAAGGCGCCUUAUAGAGAUUAAGCUAUAGAGACUAAGCAAUUAUGUCUUUAUUGUGCACAGCUGGAAUGUGUGUUGUGUGUGUAUAGAAAUUAACUUCCCCUAUACAUUUA